AUGCGAGCCACUCAAAGUAGGCAAAAGUCUUAUGCUGAUAAGAGGAGACAGCCACUUGAAUUUGAUGAAGGAGACCAUGUAUUUCUCCGGUUUACUCCAAUUAUAGGUAUCAGAAGGGUUCUUAAGUCAAGGAAGUUGACUCCAAGAUUUAUAGGGCCUUAUCAGAUUACACGGAGAAUAGCAGCGACGUACGAGAUCGCUCUACCACCUCACCUAUCCAACUUGCAUAAUGUGUUUCACGUCUCACAGUUGAGGAAAUACAUUACAAGUCCAGAUCAUGUUUUGGAGUCAGAUGAGGUGCAAGUAUGCGAGGAUCUGACUAUGCCAGUUGGACCGGUUCGCAUAUUAGAUACUCGGGUCAAGCAACUGAGAGGCAAGGAGUUAAAGAUGGUGAAGGUACUCUAG